AGAAGCGGGCAUCAGCAGCGCGCGAGAGAAAGAGCGGGGGGAGAGAGAAGGCAGUGACUGCAGUUGCAUGCUCUCUCUCGACGUUGGAUGGAUGUUGUUGUAAGAGCAUCUGCAACUGGGAAAAGAGGAGUGGGGAAGAGGAGGCAUACACUAACUCACCAAGGAAAGAUCUAUGCUUGGAUUUCGGAUCUUUUUUCUUCGCCAAUGCAAAAGGAAAUAUGCAGCGAAGCUUCACCCUCCUGUACACCAGUUUUCUGGGGAUGUGCUUGGGUUCAAGUUUUCCAAGUAACAUCAAUAUAGGGGGACUAUUCCCAACCGAAUCUCACGAAUAUGAAGUGUUUCGGUUCGCGCUCUCGCACCACCAGGAUAUCCCCAAACUGGUGCCGCAGGUGGAUAUGGUCAAGAUGGGCAACAGCUUCUCCAUGACAUAUGCCUUCUGUUCCCAGUUCUCUAAAGGUGUCUAUGCUAUCAUUGGCCUCUACGACAGGAAGACGGUCAACAUGCUGAUGUCGUUCUGCGGGGCGCUGCACGUGUGUUUCGUCACACCUUCCUUCCCCAUCGAGACGGCCAACCAGUUUGUGAUCCAGCUGAGACCCGAGCUACAGGACACUCUGGUGGGGGUCAUAGACCACUACGGAUGGACCAAGUUCGUCUACAUGUACAGCUCAGAUUCUGGCCUGUCUGUGCUGCAGAAGGUCCUGGACACGGCUGCUGAGAGGAGCUGGCUGGUGACGUCUGUCAACGUGGAGACCAUGACGGAGACCUCGUUCCUCAAGGUGUUCCAAGACCUGGACAAGAGGAAGGAGGGACAGAUCAUCAUCGACUGUGAGACCGAAAGACUCACCUCCAUCCUCAAAAAGAUCGUUGAACACGGGAAGAAUGCUAAGAGUUACCACUACAUCCUGGCCAACCUGGGUUUUCUGGACAUUGAUCUAACGGACCUGAGGAAAGGAGGGGCCAACAUCACAGGCUUCCAGCUGGUCAACUACACAGAGCAGAACGUCAGCCGUACCAUUCAGCAGUGGAUGGAGUUUGAAAACAAAGACGCCAAAUUCCCCAAGAGACGCCUGAAGUACACCGGAGCGUUGACAUAUGAUGGGGUGAAGGUGAUGUCUACAGCAUUCCAGAACCUUCGGAAACAGAGGAUAGACAUCUCUCGCCGUGGCAACGCAGGCGAAUGCCUCGCCAAUCCGCCGGCACCAUGGGGCCAAGGCAUAGAUAUACAGAGAGCCCUGCAACAGGUGCGUAUCCAUGGCCUGACAGGUCAUAUCCAGUUCAAUGAGAAAGGACGCAGGACCAACUUCACCGUCAGUGUCAUGGAGCUAGCCCCCUCUGGACCUAAGAAGGUGGGCUACUGGAACGAGGACGAGAAGUAUGUGAGCACAGCCACCUUCAUGAGAGGAAGCAACGACAGCAGCUACGGCCUACAGAACAGGACCUACAUAGUUACCACCAUCCUGGAAUCCCCAUACGUGAUGCUGAAGAAGAACCAUGAUCAGCUGUCAGGGAACGAUAAGUACGAGGGUUACAUCGUGGAGCUAGCGGCUGAGAUCGCCAAGCACGUUGGAUACCACUACAAACUGAAGGUGGUCUCAGAUGGGAAAUAUGGAGCCAGAGACUCCGAGACCAAGAUGUGGAACGGCAUGGUUGGAGAGCUGGUGUACGGGAAAGCAGACGUGGCGGUAGCCCCGCUGACCAUCACCCUGGUCCGAGAGGAGGUGAUCGACUUCUCCAAGCCCUUCAUGUCUCUGGGUAUCUCCAUCAUGAUCAAGAAGCCCACCAAGUCUAAACCAGGUGUCUUCUCCUUCCUGGACCCGCUGGCCUAUGAGAUCUGGAUGUGUAUCGUGUUCGCCUACAUCGGUGUGAGUGUGGUCCUGUUCCUGGUGAGCCGCUUCAGCCCCUAUGAGUGGCACGCAGAGGACUAUGAGGAGGGGGCCGACCCCCAGACCCCUACCCAGCCGACGGGGCCCGGUGCUGGGCUACAGUCGGGGCAGAGCCCUGGUCAGCCAGGCCAGAACCAGCAGAAUCAGGAACAGACCAACGAGUUUGGCAUCUUCAACUCUCUCUGGUUCUCCCUGGGAGCCUUCAUGCAGCAGGGAUGUGACAUCUCACCCAGGUCUCUGUCAGGGCGGAUAGUGGGUGGCGUGUGGUGGUUCUUCACUCUCAUCAUCAUCUCGUCCUACACGGCCAACCUAGCUGCUUUCCUCACAGUGGAGAGGAUGGUGUCCCCCAUAGAGAGUGCUGAGGACCUGGCUAAACAGACUGAGAUCGCCUACGGAACUCUGGAUGCUGGCUCCACCAAAGAGUUCUUCAGGCGGUCUAAGAUUGCGGUGUUUGAGAAGAUGUGGUCGUACAUGAAGUCGGCCGACCCCUCAGUGUUUGUGAAGACCACAGACGAGGGAGUGAUGAGGGUCAGGAAGUCCAAAGGGAAGUACGCCUACCUGUUAGAGUCCACCAUGAACGAGUACAUCGAGCAGAGGAAACCCUGUGACACCAUGAAGGUGGGGGGGAACCUGGACUCUAAAGGAUAUGGUAUCGCCACGCCCAAGGGCUCACCCCUCAGAAACCCUGUUAACCUGGCCGUGUUAAAACUGAACGAGCAAGGCCUGUUGGACAAACUGAAAAACAAAUGGUGGUACGACAAGGGCGAGUGUGGCAGCGGGGGCGGGGACUCCAAGGAUAAGACGAGUGCGUUGAGCCUGAGCAACGUGGCCGGAGUGUUCUACAUUCUAAUUGGAGGGCUGGGCCUGGCCAUGCUGGUGGCGUUGGUGGAGUUCUGCUACAAGUCGCGAACCGAGUCUCAGAGAAUGAAGCAGAACAUCAACGACGCCAUGCACUGCUCCUCCAUGACCAGAAUGAGUGGGAACGGGAACGGGAAUGGGGGAGGAGGAGGAAUAGGUGGAGCAGGAGGAGGAGAGAACGGACGCAUCCUAACUCACGACUUCCCCAAAACAGUCCAGACUCUCCCCUGCAUGAGCCACAACGCCAGCAUGGGGCUCAGCGCCUCCGGCAUGUAAUCACAUGACCUGGCACAAGGGGCUGAGCAGGAGACUGACUCAUAGACCUUACAAAGAUGACCACAUUAAUGGUGACAUUGACCUUAUGAACAUGGCCGUCUUUCUGACACUUUGUUUGGCUGCGUGAUGUGUGUCCGAGACAGACUUCGAUACUGCUGCCAAAUGCAUUCUGAAAUCACUCAUUACGAACAGGGGAAACAUGUAGAUGGAGAAUAAAAAUGAAAAUAAAAGAAGAUGAGGAACAUGUUGCUACAAAAAGGAGCCAUUGUUGGGGAGAUGUUUUUUUUUCUUUUAUUCAGAUUUUUUGAAACAAGGUGUUAAUUUCUGUGUAAAAAAAGAGAGAACUAUCCCGUAAAUGCCUCCUGACCUGCCCUGAGAUGACCUUCUCUGCCCUGCCCUGAGAUUACCUUCUCUGCCCUGUCUUGAGAUAACCUUCUAUGCCCUGCCCUGGGCUGACUCUCUCUGCCCUGCCCUGAGCUAACCUUCUCUGCCAUGGGUUGACCUACUCUGCCCUGACCUGCCUUUCUCUGCCCUACCCUGCCCUGAGCUGACCUGCCCUGAGAUGACGUUCUCUGCCUUGCCUUGGGCUGACUGUCUCUGCCCUGCCCUGACUUUCUCUGCCCUGCCCUGACCUUCUCUGCCCUGCCCUGAGAUAACAUUCUAUGCCCUGGCCUGGGCUGACUUUCUCUGCCCUGCCCUGAGCUAACCUUCUCUGCCCUGCCCUGCACUUCUCUGCCCUACCUGGACCUUCUCUGCCAUACCCUAACCUUCUCUGCCCUGCCCUGACCUUCUCUGCCCCACCCUGACCCUCUCUGCCCUGGGCCGACCUUCUCUGCCCUGCCCUGACCUUCUCUGCCCUGGGCCAACCUUCUCUGCCCUAUCCGGACUUUCUCUGCCCUGGGCCGACCUUCUGUGCCCUACCCCGACCUUCUCUGCCCUACCCCGACCUUCUCUGCCCUACCCCGACCUUCUCUGCCCUACCCUGACCUUCUCUGCCCUACCCUGGCCUUCUUUUCCCUACCCUGACCUUCUCUGCCCUACCCUGACAUUCUCUGCCCUACCCUGACCUUCUCUUCCCAUACCCUGACCUUCUCUGCCCUACUCUGACCUUCUCUGCCCUACCCUGACCUUCUCUGCCCUACCCUGACCUUCUCUGCCCUACCCUGGCCUUCUCUGCCCUACCCUGACCUUCUCUGCCCCACCCUGACCUUCUCUGCCCUGCCCUGACCUUCUCUGCCCUACCCUGGCCUUCUCAGCCCUACCCUGACCUUCUCUGCCCUACCCUGACCUUCUCUGCCCUACCCUGACCUUCUCUGCCCUACCCUGGCCUUCUCUGCCCUACCCUGACUUUCUCUGCCCUACCCUGACCUGUGGCCGUUCUAUUGACUACUGUUAGUCUGUCUGUCUGUCUGUCUGUAAUAUCUCAGUUCGCUACCUACUCUCUCUGACCAUUUACUUAGUGAAGACGGAUCACAAAAUAGGAUUUGUUUUUGUCUUUGCACAGUUAAAAGACAAUAAUGAUAAUAACGCUGAUUGACUAUUAAGAUGAUUUGAUAUUUGUGUGUCUCUUGUGUCUCUCGUGUGUGUUUUUGGACACAGUUACACACGCUAUGUUGGAAAGGCAUCAUGAACUGGAACACAAGCAUUUCAAGCACCAAUGCAGUAUAAUAAUACAGACAUAAAUAAUCAUGCACAGAGCUCAGUCAUUCCUUGCCUCCCUGAACCAUCUGCUGACAGUCAUUCCUACAGAGAUUGAUCCCUGAAUUGGAUUUGAUUUAAUAUGUCCUGAUCGCACAGGUGAAAUAUGUUUAAAUUGAUGCUUAACUAGCUGUGUUGUGUUCUCCUCAACAAACAUGCUUUGCUGCUACACCUCACUGAACCCACCAUACCACUGAACACACCAUACCACUGAACCCACCAUACCACUGAACACACCAUACCACUGAACACACCAUACCACUGAACACACCAUACGACUGAACACACCAUACGACUAAACCCACCAUACCACUGAACACACCAUGCUACUGAACACACCAUUCCACUAAACACACCAUGCCACAGAACACACCAUGGCACUGAACCCACCAUACCACUGAACCCACCAUACCACUGAACAUACCAUACCACUGAACACACCAUAGUACUGAACCCACCAUACCACUGAACACACCAUACGACUGAACCCACCAUACCACUGAACACACCAUACCACUGAAACCACCAUACCACUAAACCCACCAUACCACUGAACACACCAUACCACUGAACACACCAUACCACUGAACACACCAUACGACUAAACCCACCAUACCACUGAACACACCAUACCACUGAACACACCAUACCACUGAACACACCAUGCUACUGAACACACCAUUCCACUAAACACACCAUGCUACAGAACACACCAUGGCACUGAACCCACCAUACCACUGAACCCACCAUACCACUGAACACACCAUAGUACUGAACCCACCAUACCACUGAACACACCAUAGUACUGAACCCACCAUACCACUGAACACACCAUACCACUGAACACACCAUGCCACUAAACACACACACACAUACACUGUUACUUUAUCAAACUCCCCAGAAUGAUUGCUGUGGCUGAAAGCGAGGAAGUAUUGACUGACAUGGUCAGAACUUGACAAAGUACCACAGAUUAACACCAUUGAUUUCUUCAGUGGCUCUGCUACAUUAAUUUAUAGAGAGAGAGUAGCCAUUUUGGAACACGGCCUAGCUGACAGAGGAAGGGGGCGUGACUUACACACAGAAACCCCUGUUGAUUUACACGUUCACAGUCAAUCAGCUGUUGGCAAUCGUUAAUGGAAACCAUGGAAACAGUGGCUACCACCACAGCAACCCAUCUUGUCUCUCUCUCUCUCUCUCUCUCUCUCUCUCUCUCUCUCUCGCUCUCUCUCUCUCUCUCUCUCUCUCUCUCUCUCUCAGUAGUUUGAUAUUUUAUGAUGGAGGUUGUUCAGUAUCGUUUGAUGUGUAGGUCAUUGUACGUGUUGCUGUAGCCUAUAGGGCUGGCAGCAGAGAGAAGCCUCGUUAGGAUAUUGGAAUCAGAGUCAGAGACAGCCUGCCUACAGCUACAAAGAGAACAUUUACUAGCUAAACUCUCCAGCUCAGCUCUGGCUCUGUUUGUGUGAGUCUCUGCCAUAAAGAGAGCAUUCAACACUGACGCAACUGUGUCAGACUGUUUUUCUGCCAUAGCCAGGGUGUAGGAUCCAGUGCCAAACGUGGAACAACCUUAAACUCUUGAACACGUUUGACAGUGAAGACAGAUACUGGGCAGAGAUAGACUCCUUACAUCAAAUAUACUGUAUCUCAUCUCUCCAUCCACUAUGUAUAUUAAAGGGUUGAUUCUCCUGCAGUGAAACUUGUCCUUUCCUUCUCUGACCCAAUCAGCCUCUCUGUACCUGACUGAUGCUUCUGUUCUUCUUCUCCUCUAUUUCUUUGGUGUUGUAUUGACGAAGGCGCAGCACAACGCGAGUCCUUGGCGGAUGGUUUGUCUCAUAGAAGGAGAGGUUUUAUAUGCCCUAACAGAUUUUUAAAAAGACAUUCAAUGUUUGUAUCGUAUGGAGAGUUUGAGAGCUGCAAAAAACAUAGAAAAAGUGUAGGAAAAACAGAUGUUGAAUAGUGGGUAGACAAUAAUGUUUUAAGUUGGACUUUGGUUGUCAAUAUUAUUUUGAUUUAACAUUUGAAUAAAAGGGAUGUUCAGUUGGUGUUUUCAAGACUGAACGCCAUUUGACUUUUCUUCUUAAUUUGUUCUUUUUUUCAAAGUAUUUUAAUACCAGGAUAUAAAGUGAUUAUUUAGUUUGUUCACCUGAAAACCUCACAGUACAGUUGUUUUUCUAUACAUCACUAGUGAAAGAUGUUGCUGAAUAAAACAUUUAUAAAAUACAUGGAGAUCAUUCAUGAAUCUAAAAAGAUACGGAAAUAAACUUUUGAGAAAUAAACGUUUUCUAACCAAAGUGUCUCUGAAGAAAGUCAUCAUGCUUUUUGUAACAGAAUAAAGGAAUAAACUAUGUGAA